CGCUCGGUUGCCGACAGCAGACCUCUCUCCUCUGGACUCUACGCGACAGAACCACGCAGGAUGGAUGUGAAGCUGCUGGCAGCGCUGGCUGCGCUCACCGUGCUCUCUUAUGUGCCUCCAUCACAAGCGAAGCCCAUCAGUCUGGUGGAGAGAUGCUACUGUCGCACACAAAUCAACAGCGUCCCGCGAGGCUACAUCCGAGAGCUGCGCUUCAUCCACACGCCCAACUGCCCCUUCCAAGUGAUCGCCAAGCUGACGUCCAACAAAGAGGUGUGCCUGAACCCCGAGAUCCGAUGGCUGAAGCAGUACCUGAAGAGCGCCUUUAACAAGGCGAAAAAAUCUAAACAAGGGAACUGAAAAGUGCCAUAGAGCUGAGAAUUUGGACCGACAUUGCAAAUAAAGGACAUAAUACAGCACUUAUCGCGGCUGCUCCACUGCAGCCACUCACCACUGAAGAUGCAUCAUCGCGCCUUGCUAGCGCCGGCGUCACUGCUCACACCACCACAGUGAAGAUUCAUGCCAUAGAUGGAAACAAGAAGAUCUGAUCUCCAAAAGUCAACAAACACCAUUCAUUCGCCUCGAGUUCUACUUGAGACAGAAGUUGCUUCACCUUGUUCAAAGAAGGUCAACCAAUAUUUGAACUAAGCUGAGGCUUUCAAGAAGCAGAUGGAUUGACUACAUUCACAAUAUAUUUGUUAAAACCUCAUGCUAUUCUGCCACAAAGCUUGAGAUGCACAUGUUGAAUCCAAAUUCCAAAUUAACAUUUAACUAAUUUUGUAAUUUAGGGUCUCAAAAUAUGUCAAUAAUAGUCAACCUGGUUUCAUCCUCUGAAGCAUUUUUGUCUUAAUAAAUGUAUUGCUACAUCGCUACUGCUCUACAGCACAACGUUAGUUGAAGUGCCUUUUAUGUGUUGAACCUAACUUUAACUUCAGUAAAAGCUAACAGAAUUAGCACAGCCAGCAUCAGUCUUCAUGACAAGUACUUCGAAAAGUGUGAAUACAUUUUCUGUUUGGCAGGAGAUCGAAGAGUGCAACUUAGUGCUGUUAAAGAUGAACUGAGCUGUUGAUGCAACAAUCUCUCCAGAUAAAUUCUGUUCAUCAUUUCUGGGAGUGUAGAAACACAUCCGCUAACAAAAGCUGAGCAGAGAAAGAUGUUUCAAGGAAACAAAGCGGUCCAAUAAACUGAAACAUGCAGUUCAACAACUAUUUCAUGAGGCGGUACCGACGUUCCAGAGCUGAACCUAUUGUUAGCAUGUCUAUGCUAAAUGUCCAAACCGAAUCUCGAACCAGAACGAUUGAGUCUUUCUUCAGCAGCUUUAUGGCGUCGUCUAAAAAUAAAAGGAGGUGGAGCUGCCAAGUAAUGUCACACGCUCCACAGUUAACUGGCACGGUGGAAUUUAAAUAUGAGCCAGCUUUGCUUCAGUGGGGAAAUGAGAUGCAUGCACCUCCCUGUAAGAAGGCAAUUACGCUGUUUUUCUAAUGAAAGCCGGGAUGCCUAAAGAGCCGCGCGUUUCCUGCGCCCAUCUGCGGCUGCGAUUAUGUGACCUAUAAUGUGUCUGCUUUUCAUUUCUGUGUCUGGAGGGAAACUGACUUAACGAAGCGUGCGACGAUAAGAUGUUUACGGGAAUCAUAAAGUUUUGUUGGUGCACCACUCUCUCCUGAGCCUCAUGUUCAGUUCGAGAGUUCUGACCCAAAUUCUUACAGCAGCAAAUCGAGUUGUACACUACCUUCCGCUGUCGUACAGGUCACAAAGCACUUUAUAUCGGAUGGUCUUGUCUUACGCUCACAGUUCUGACUGAUGUGUUUCUGGUUUAACUCUCUGCCUCCUGUUCUUCUGAUUUGAUUCUGCAUUUAAACUCCAUUUAUCCGUUCACUCAAGUGUAAGAUUAAUAUUAUAUAAAUGUUUAUUUUUGUACUCUUUUGUGCAUUUAUAUAUUAAACUGAAAC